AUGACUAAUAACAUACAAAGCAAGAAGAAUCUGGAGGAAACAGUGAAUGAAACUACAACUCCAGAUUUAUCUGAUAGAUUGGGAGACGCUCAUAUGAAUCUUCUACCAAAGAAGAAACUUCUUAUAACAAUGUUUGCAAUGUCUUUUAACCUUUUUACAGCAUUUUGUGAUCAAAAUUCUAUAACGGUUGCGUUAUCAGAAAUAUCCAAAGAUUUGAAUAGUGAGAAGACUAUUAACUGGGCGGCCACUGCUGCUUUGUUAGCUAACACUGUAUGUCAAGUUUUAUUUGGUAGAUUGGCUGAUAUCUUCGGUAGAAAGUUUAUUCUUCUAUUAUCAAUUUCUGUAUUGGGGAUUGCCGAUUUAUGUUGUGGAUUUGCUCAAACUGGUACACAAUUUUAUGUUUUCAGAGCUUUUGCUGGUAUAGGAUUUGGAGGAAUCCAAGGGUCUACUAUGGUAUUGGUAAGUGAUAUUGUUACCUUAAAACAAAGAGGAAAAUAUCAAGGAAUUUUAGGGUCCAAUGUUGGUAUGGGGAAUGCUAUUGGACCCUUUCUCAUGUCGGCAUUUAUAAAACAUUCGAGUUGGAGAAAUUUCUAUCAUAUGAUGCCAUGUUUAUUAGCUUUUCAAUUCGCUUUGACUUGGUACUUCGUUGACAAUAGACAAAAUGAAUUAAACUCCGUAUUGACUAGACUUGACAAAUUCAAAAAUAUUGAUUAUUUGGGAAUGUUCUUUGGUACUGCUUCAUUAACUUUGCUCUUAAUACCUUUGAAUGGUGGAGGUUCCACUUAUGCUUGGAAUAGUGUUUUGGUGAUUGUCAUGUUCGUUGUUGGAGGUGUCUCAAUGGUUGCAUUUUUAAUCAUAGAAUCCAAGAUUCCUAAGUUACCUAUGAUUCCAUUGAGAUUAUUCACAACCACCAGUCUUAAUUUGAUAUUUUCUUCCAAUUUCCUAUAUGGAAUUGUGUAUUAUUCCUUUCAAUUUUUCAUUCCUUAUUACUUCCAAAUUGUGAAAGGAUGGGAUGAAUUACAUUCUUCAAUUUUACUUUUACCUUUGGUUAUCACUCAAGCAGCUGCUUCUACCGUUGCAGGAACUAUUAUCUCCAAAGUCGGACAUUACAAGUAUGUGAUCAUUGUAGGGUAUGGUGCAUGGUUCGUAGCAUGUUGCUUAUUGUUAUUAUUCAAAGAGAACACUCACAGGGGUGUUAUCUGUGUUGUACUCUUCAUUUUCGGAUGUGGAGUUGGAUGGACUUUCCAACCCACAAUUGUUGCAGCACAAGCUCAAUCCAAGAAGGCAGAUAGAGCGGUGGUUAUUAGUACCAGAAAUGUUGUGAGAUCUUUAGGUGGGGCCUUAGGUACAGCUAUAGCUUCCCUUAUUGUUAGUAAUGGUUUGUUGAGAGAAAUUACCAAAGCAAUGGACAACCCAGAUGACUAUAAUGAUAUCCCCGUCAGCUAUUUAAACUAUUUAAAAGCUCAUAUUUAUACAAAAGUUAAGAUUACCGGAGUUUCAGAUGAUCAAGUCAAAACUGUUAGACAUAUGUAUAUGAUAGCUAUCAGGGAUUACUUCUAUUUGACCAUACCUUUAAUGGGAUUAUGUUUCAUUAGUGCUUUCUUUGUCAAGGACAGGGGUUUACAAUGUAUUGAUGAAGUUCCAGAUAAUGAAAAGGUGUCAGAUAAAGAGAAAGUAUAG